UGGCUGUGUGACUCUGGGCUAUAUGUUUAACCUUUCUGGGUCUCUUUGCACAGUGGACCAAGCCUGUGAGAGCCAGUCCGGCUCUGGCAUGCCAUAACUAAAGAGAAUUUCAGUCUCUCUCCUUGAGGAUCCCUCGUCAUCGUCGUGAGUGAGGUCAGCAUCUUUCAUCCCUGUUUCCACAGCUUGCCAGAGCUCACGGCAGCCAUCCCCGCAGCGCCAUGGCCAGGCACUUGUUCCUCCUGGGCCUUUUCCUGAUGUUUCCACCACCCGUCCCUGCUCCCUGCUACACUGCCACUCGGUCAGAAUGCAAACAGAAGCACAAAUUUGUGCCAGGUGCGUGGCUGGCUGGGGAAGGCGUGGAUGUGACCACCCUCCGCCGCUCCGGCUCCUUCCCGGUGAGCACACUGAGUUUCCUGAGGCCUGACCGCACCUGCACCCUCUGUAAAAAUGCCCUGAAGGGAGAUGCUAUACAACGCCUGCCCCUGGCAAUCGCUCACUGGCGGCCUCAUAGCUCGGGCUGCCAGCGUAGAGUGGCCACAGCCAAGGUCAGCUCCACGGAGGGCGUGACCCGGGAUGCAGCUUCUAACAUUAAUAACGACUGGCGCGUGGGGCUGGAUGUGAACCCCAAGCCCGAGGCAAACAUGCGCGUGUCCAUGGCUGGCUCCCACUCCAAGGUAGCCAACUUUGCAGCCGAGAAGGCCCAUCAGGACCAGUACAACUUUAAUACUGACACAGUGGAGUGUCGCCUGUACAGUUUUCGCCUGGUACAAAAACCCCCACUGCACCCCGAUUUCAGAAAGGCACUCAGGGACCUUCCCCCCAACUUUAACACCUCCACAAAGGAUGCUUACCACAGGCUCAUCUCCUCCUAUGGCACCCACUUUAUCACGGCUAUGAACCUAGGUGGCCGCAUCUCAUCCCUCACGGCCCUGCGCACCUGCCAGCUGACCCUGGAUGGGCUCACGGGGGAUGAGGUAGCCGACUGCCUGCAGGUGGAGGCCCAGGUCAGCAUCGGCGCCCUUGCCAGCGCCUCAAACGAAUUCAAAGCCUGUGAGGAGAAGAAGAAACAGCACAAGAUGUCCACCUCCUUCCACCAGACCUACCGAGAGCGUCACGUCGAGGUGGUUGGCGGCCACCUUGAUUCUACCAAUGACCUGCUCUUCGGGAACCAGGCUACACCAGAGCAGUUCUCAACCUGGAUAACCUCACUGACCAGCAGCCCUGGUCUGGUGGACUACAGCCUGGAGUCCCUGCACGUGCUGGUGGAAGACCUGGACCCGAGGCGGGAAGCGCUGAGACAGGCUAUCAGCCAUUAUGUGAUAAACAGAGCUCGUUGGAAGGACUGUAGCCGGCCCUGCAGGCCAGGCCAGCAUAAGAGUACUCGUGACUCCUGCCAAUGCAUGUGCCAUGAUUCCAAGGUCACCAGCCAGGACUGUUGUCCACGACAGAGGGGCUUGGCCCAGCUGAUGGUGACCAAUAUCCGUGCAAAGGGUCUGUGGGGAGAUUACAUCACAGCUUCUGAUGCCUACGUGAAGGUCUUCUUUGGUGGCCAGGAGUUUAGGACCAGUACAGUGUGGAACAAUAAUGACCCUAAGUGGCCUGACAAGAUGGACUUUGGGAAUGUGCUCGUGGCCACGAGCGGACCCUUGAGGGUGCAGGUCUGGGAUGCUGACAAUGGCUGGGAUGAUGACCUUCUUGGUACUUGUGACCGGUCUCCCAAGUCUGGUUUCCAUGAGACGAGCUGUAACCUGAACCACGGCAGUGUGACAUUCUCCUACCAUGUCAAGUGUUUGCCCCACCUGACUGGAGGCACCUGCCUAGAGUAUGCCCCCCUGGGACUUCUAGGAGUUCCUCCAGGAAACCGCAGCGGGGCUGUGUGGUAAAAAAAAAAAAAAGUGCCCUAAAAGCUGGGCGUGGUGGCGCACGCCUUUAAUCCCAGUGCUUGGGAGGCAUAGACAGGUGGAUCUCUGUGAGUUUGAGGCCAGCCUGGGCUACAUAGGGAGACCCUGUCUCAAAAAAACAAACAGCAAAAUACCACACCCUGAAAGCACUCCAGUGCUCAACCGAGUUCUCCCAGGGGAAUCCACAAUGGCUUAGUAUGCAGCAGAGGCUGAGACCGAACAUCUCACUCAAGUGGCUAAGUUUACAUAACAGAGCUUCCCUGACCUCCCUGUCCACGCUGCCUCCGCCCUCCAGCGUCGCCACGCCUGACAGCUGCCGCUGCACAGCACAAGCCUUAGCCAGGAGUCCAGCAGAAAGCCAGGAGGCGGUGUCCACCCAGCUUUGAGGCCCUCCCUCCUUGGCCUAGCAAGGUCAUCUGUUAGAGCCGACUCCGUGCCCGAUUCCCGUGUGCCUUCUGUUCCUCACUCUGCUCCUGACAAGUCAAGGCCUGUGUCACCAAGCACAUAGCUUGGCACAGGACCAGUAAAUAUGAUGCGAUGGUAAGCAUGCUGGUGGCGUGGUGGCAGAGAACAAAGGAAGUCCCAGGGGCAGACGUCUAUGUCCAACCACCCAGUUUUAUGAAAUGGACA